AUGGGAAGACACAACGAUAGCACCAAAUCUGUUUGUGAGACGUGUGGCAAGAAAUUGUACUCCAAAGUUACUCUUCAGGAGCACAUUGUGGCAGUACAUCAAGGUCUUAAGCCUCAUAAGUGUGACAUUUGUGAGCUGUCUUUCGCGAAUAGGCUCACUCUCAGGCAACACAAACGCACGCACACUGGUGAAAAGCCUUACACAUGUACAUAUUGUCCUAGAGCCUUUACUCAAAGCCACAGUUUGAAGAUUCAUCUGAGGACUCACACUGGAGAGAAGCCUGAGAUAUGCAAUAUUUGCCAAAGUGGUUUCACUACGAAGACGAUAUUGAGGACACAUAUGAAAAAUAAACAUAAGGUUGAUUCAAAAGUUAAAGUCGAAUUACUAGAGGACGAUAUCACCAAUCUGCAGUGUUGUGACACUUGUGGAAAGAUCUUUCCAGACAAGAGAAAGCUCAAAAAGCACCAAAUCUCACAUAGUACCUUACGUCCUUACUCCUGUUCUAUAUGCAAGAAGGCAUUCCGCAGAAAGCAUGAAGUAUCAACCCACAUGAACGUCCAUAAUGGUCUAUCUUUCGAAUGCGACAUUUGCUCGAAAGUCCUAAAGUCCAAAGGAUCCUUGAUAAUCCACAAGAAGAGGCAUUUGAAGCUUUUUACAGCUAAAUGUGAAGUGUGUGACCAAGGGUUUGUUACCAAUCAAGAAUAUUUGAACCAUGUAGGUUCUAAACAUGGCAACGCGAAUCAUGUAUGUAAUGUGUGUGGUAGAAGCUGUUAUGAUAAAGCUACACUACAGGGACAUAUGCAGCGUCACGCUACAGGCUACUCAAACAACUCUGACAUCAAAUGCGACAUUUGCAACAAGACUUUCCUUCAAGAACGUUACUUGAAACACCACUACCAACGAGUACACAAAAAUGGCGGCCUGCGUUUUGUCUGCGACCUCUGUGGUAAAAAGGUGAACUCCAAACGCAGCCUCAGGGAUCAUCUACUCAUUCACCAAGGGCUGAAACCUAUUGAAUGCAAGGAGUGUGGAAGAGGAUUUGCUUUAAGGUCCACGCUGAAACUCCACAUGCGUGUCCAUACUGGAGAUAGACCAUACGAAUGCAAGGAAUGUGGCAAAUGCUUUACGCAGAAGACACCCUUAACGGUGCAUAUGCGAUACCAUACAGGGGAGAGACCUUAUAGGUGUACCAUAUGCGAUACUGGAUUUGUCAGUAAAGGGGCUUUGAAUAUUCAUCAGAAGAACAAACACAGUACAGCCUAG